AUGACCAUCGUUCACAUUGUCUUGUUCAAGUUCCGCGCAGAUGCCGGAGACGAUAUCCGACAAGAGUUCCUCUCGCAGAUCAAAGCUCUCAAGUCCCUGGCCUGUGUCAAGGACCAGAGACUCGUCGUCGGAGGACCUUCAAUCACGGUUCCAGCAGAGAAGAGCAAAGGCUUCCAAUAUGCGCUGCUGAGCUACCAUGAGGACCGUGCCGCGUUGGAUGCAUACCAAGCGAGCAGCGAGCACGAGCAGGUUACGAGCACGUAUUUCAUUCCGUACAAGGAGGAUCUAGUUCGGUUUGACUUUGAGGUGGACGGCGCUGAUGAAGCGCUGCUGGGGUUUGGGUUAGUUUGA